ACAACUUACAAAGGAUUGUGAUCUAUUUAUCUGGAAUACUACUUUCACACUCUUUCUAUCGUUUACUCCUACUAAACAUCAGUUCCUCUAUCUCUCCUGCUCAGUUUUCCCUUUCAAUCUACUUUCUCAUACAAUAUGGUGGUGGGGGUAUGUUAGACUAUGACUCCUCCAAAAUUGGCAAAACAGCUCACAAGCAAUUAGGACAUCUCGCCAUCUUUGGCGGAAUUAUCAGAUGUGCUUUCAAAAUCUAGAGGAAGGCCAUACGCUCCCAAUUUAGUUGCUAUCUAUAAGGAAAUAUCCUCCGAUCUCAUUACUCCCUCCGCCGCAUACCUCAAAAUCUCGGCGCAUUCAAAGUCCGGCCACUCCUUCUUAUUUGAAAGUGCUGCUACAGAAAAGGUUGGCAGAUAUAGUUUUAUAGGAGCUGGGCCUCGAAAAGUACUCAAAACUGGUGAAGGACAUGGCGAAGAAGUGGACCCAUUGCCGGCGCUCGAGGCAGAGUUGUCAAAAUGUAGGGUAGCACAGAUUCCGGGACAAAAACUACCACCUUUGACAGGAGGAGCCAUUGGAUAUGUUGGAUACGACUGUGUCCGAUACUUCGAGCCCAAAACUGCCCGACCUAUGAAGGAUGUUCUCAAAGUGCCCGAAUCAGUCUUUAUGCUGUUCGAUACCAUUGUCGCAUUCGAUCGAUUUUUUGGAGUUAUCAAAGUUAUUACAUAUCUUUAUGUUCCGGAAGACUUUACGCAAAUUCCUGUAGAGUACGAGAAAGCACAUGAGAUUAUCGACGAAGUUGUGUCCGUUCUCGAAUCGCAAGACACACCAUUACCUGCUCAACCACCUAUAAAGCUGGACAACGAAUACACUUCAAAUAUCGGCAGGGAAGGUUAUGAGGGGCACGUCAAAACACUCAAAACCCAUAUCAAAUCUGGUGACAUUAUCCAAGCAGUACCAUCUCAGCGCUUCGCCAGACCAACUUCUCUCCACCCCUUCAAUAUAUACCGUCAUCUACGUACAGUGAAUCCUUCGCCGUACCUCUUCUACGUCAAUUGCGGUGACUUCCAAAUUGUAGGAGCUUCCCCAGAGCUUCUAGUCAAAGCCGAAGAUGGUCGCGUGAUAACCCAUCCCAUCGCUGGUACCGUUAAACGCAACCCGGAUCCUCAAAUCGACGAAGCCCUUGCCGAAGAAUUACGUAGUUCCCUCAAAGACCGCGCUGAACACGUCAUGCUUGUCGAUCUAGCACGUAAUGACAUCAACCGUGUAUGCGAUCCCCUGACUACUCGCGUAGAUCGAUUAAUGGUUGUUGAGAAAUUCAGUCACGUGCAACAUUUGGUUUCACAAGUCUCGGGAGUGUUGAGGAAAGACAAAACUCGUUUUGAUGCAUUCCGUUCCAUCUUCCCUGCGGGUACUGUAUCUGGUGCACCAAAAGUUAAGGCUAUGGAAUUGAUAGCUGAAUUAGAAAAGGAGAAGAGAGGUGUAUAUGCAGGCGCAGUCGGGUAUUUCGGAUAUGGAAGUGUAGAUGCCGAUGGAAAUGAGUUCGAAGGAGAGAUGGAUACAUGUAUCGCGCUAAGAACCAUGAUGGUCAAAGAUGGAGUUGCCUACUUGCAAGCUGGUAUGUCAUCCUUUAGCCCUAUUCCCACCCCCCAAAUAACACACAUGGCUUACGCAUCCCUCCAUCUUCAUCACCCAUAAAAUAACACCUUUUCCAGGCGGCGGCAUAGUGCACGACUCAGACCCUUACGACGAAUGGAUGGAAACCAUGAAUAAGCUCGGAGCUAACAUGCAAUGUAUAACCGGCGCCGAGAAAAUCUAUUCAAAUAUCCAAUUUAAAUCCUCACCUGAGGUUAUCACUGGCGAUAAAGCAUCAUUACCUGAAAGACCAGAGGAGAAGGCUCAUAUUGAUUUUGCUGCUGGAUAGGUGGGCUUUGGCAACAUGAGGACAUGGGAUGAUGUUGAAAAGCAGCGGAAUGUUAGUUGGUUGAGUUGGAAAUCCAGCCAUGAAUUGGUUAUGUGCGAAGCUUUUUUGUCUCCUCCGAGUCGCUGGAAGUGGAGGUCAGACGUAAAAAAUAAUGGCAAGCAGGCAAAAUGUUUGCUGGCCAUUAACUUCGUGUCAUGGAUGUUGGUUGACUCACCGCGCUAGAAAUUUGCAAAGUUCAGAUGAAAACAAAUGUAUGGACAAUUCACAGUAAUAGUUAUGGAAUCAGGUGCAAAUCAUGUCACAUUAGAGAGUGCUUGAUGGAAGACAUAUGAAGAGGAGUUUGGUUGUUUGUAUUUUGUAUUUUGGUUGGUCAAAAAAAAGCUUGACCCAAAUUCCUUCUAACCCGAGAACAUUUGUCUAACCUAGAGUACAAGCCGCUGCGUCUAAUCUUAUGUAUACAAUAGUCGUGAAAUCCCCUACUUGGUCUCCUCCUUCAAGUGUCUGUGGAGAUGAUUAGCUUCUGCUAUGUGAAAUGUCGCAUGAAGUAAACGAUUUAAGCUGAACUUUCAGAAGGAACAAUUGGAAUAUAAUGUUGUAUCCUCAUAGUCAUGGUAGACGUAAGAAGUUUAACGAAUAAGAAAAUCAUCAUAGAAGCAGUGGAUGUUGAAAAGACUGAAAAGUCUGAGUGUAAGUGGAGGCAAACGUACUGGAUCAAAUCGUUCCUGUCCUUGUCCUUCUUCAAUCCACCGAAAGCCAUCUUGGUACCGGGG